AUGACUGAUCCUUUGAGCAUCACAGCGGGCAUUGCGGGUCUUGUUGUCCCUGCUUUGCAUGGUAGUCGCUUACUACUUGAAGACUUGAGGCAAAUCAGAGAUGCCCCGGAGAAUUUCAAGAAGUUAGAGGAGAGCGUUCAGUCCGUGAGCCUUGCGCUUGAAUCAAUCAAGAAAAUCGAAGAUUCCCAAUGGGAUUCUCUCGGACCGUCAAUUGCAGAAAAUGCCAAAACUACAAUAACCGUAUGCACCUUGACGUGCGAACGACACGAUGCCGACCUCCGGCGCUGGACCAGCAAUUCUCAAGAUGGUACUCUUUCCUGGCGGGACCGCUCGAAAAUUGGAUUCUGGAAGCAAGCUCGUGUUAAAUCCAUGGUCGAAGAGAUACAAAGCUGCUAUACCAAAAUCACAUCCGUUGUCAGCAUAGCAACUCUCUAUAACUCGAUUCAGCAUUCAGAAGUUACAUCACAGAUCAAAUCCAAUCUAGCCUCGAAGCGAACUGAAUUGGUGGUGGCCACUCGAUCAACAGAGAGUCGGAAAGAAGAAGUAAACAAGCUUCUGAAACAAUUGGUUUCCGUGGAUGCUGAGGAGGAAGAAGAGGAGGAGGAACUCAAUGAAACUAUUAAACAACUUAGAGUGGAGAGGAAAGCUUUGGAGGCUUCCCGGAAAAUUCUGGAAGAGUUAUUGUCAAAACUCAGCGACUCUAUUGGCCCACAGGCAACGGCCAAAAUUGAGGAUUAUUCUAUAAAUGUUUCCUUUGCUGGUCAAAAUUCUGGGAUUCAGACGGCUGUGAAUCAUGGAACUAUCCACUUUUCGGCAAGAUGA